CUGCCCAUUGUGGCAUCCUCCAUCGUGUCCCUCUACUUCCUGGAGCUGACUGACCUGUUCAAACCGGCCAAGGUGGGUUUCCAGUGCUAUGAUCGUGCACUGUCCAUGCCGUAUGUGGAGAGCAACGAGGAGUUCAUCCCUCUGCUGAUGCUGCUGAGCCUUGCCUUUGCGGCACCUGCAGCCUCGAUCAUGGUAGGCGAGGGCGUGGUGUACUGCCUGCAGUCCCAGCUGUGGGGCCUAGGUGGCCCAGAAAGAAGCAUCAACGCAGGCGGCUGCAACUUCAACUCUUUCCUGCGGCGCACAGUGCGUUUUGUGGGUGUGCAUGUCUUUGGCCUGUGUGCCACGGCCUUGGUGACCGAUGUCAUCCAGCUGGCCACUGGCUACCACACACCGUUCUUCCUGACUGUCUGCAAACCCAACUACACCCUGCUGGGCACCUCCUGUGAGCUGAACCCCUACAUCACGCAGGACAUCUGUUCUGGCCAUGACACCCAUGCCAUCCUGUCAGCACGGAAGACCUUCCCGUCUCAGCACGCAACACUGUCUGCCUUCGCUGCUGUCUAUGUGUCGAUGUACUUCAACUCUGUCAUCUCAGACACCACAAAACUGCUCAAGCCCAUCCUUGUGUUUGCUUUUGCCAUUGCUGCUGGUGUCUGCGGCCUCACACAGAUCACCCAGUACCGUAGCCACCCUGUGGAUGUCUAUGCUGGCUUCCUCAUUGGCGCUGGCAUUGCAGCCUACCUGGCCUGCCACGCAGUGGGCAACUUCCAGGCCCCAGCAGCAGAGGUGUUGGCCCCAGCCCCUGCCAAGGAUGCCCUGCGGGCACUGACCCAGCAUGGCCAUUACCAGCAGAACAAAUCAGUCAGCACAGAUGAACUGGGCCCUCCAGGGAGGCUGGAGGGUAUGCCACGGCCUGUGGCUCGAGAGAAGACUUCACUGGGCAGCCUGAAGAGGGCCAGCGUUGAUGUGGACCUACUGGCCCCUCGAAGUCCCAUGGGAAAGGACAGCAUGGUCACUUUCAGCAACACACUGCCCCGUGUUAACACACCCUCACUGGAUGACCCUGCCCGGCGCCACAUGACCAUCCAUGUGCCUUUUGAUGCCUCUCGCUCCAAGCAGCUCAUCACGGAGUGGAAGCAGAAGACUCUGGAAGGCCGGGGCCUGGGGCUGCCGGAUGAGGUCAGCCCUGCACACCUGCGUGCUCCAGCCGAGCCUAUGGCUGAGGAGGAGGAGGAGGAGGAGGAGGAGGAAGAAGAGGAGGAAGAAGAGGAGGAGGAGGAAGGGCAUGUACCGCCCUCACUCUACCCCACCGUCCAGGCUCGACCAGGGCUCGGGCCCAGGGUCAUUCUGCCUCCUAGGCCUGGGCCACAGCCCCUGAUUCACAUCCCUGAAGAAGGGGUGCAAGCUGUUGCCAGCUUGUCCCCCAAGAGCAGCUCAGCAGUACGAGCCAAGUGGCUGUCCAUGGCUGAGAAAGUUGGGGCCCCCGUGGCCACGGCUCCAUCACAGCCCCGUGUGGCCAACCCUCCACGUCUGCUGCAGGUCAUCGCCAUGUCAAAGGCUGCAGGAGGUCCCAAGGUGGAAACUGCUUCAUCAUCAAGCGCCAGCUCUGACUCUUCUCAGUACCGUUCACCAUCAGACCGUGAUUCGGCCAGCAUUGUCACCAUUGAUGCGCAUGCCCCCCACCACCCUGUGGUGCACCUGUCGGCGGGAAACACAUCCUGGGAGUGGAAAGCCAAAGUAGUGGAAAGUGAGGGAAGCUAUGAGCUAGGGGACCUGGCGCGUGGCUUCCGGGGUGGCUCAAAGCCUUCUGGCUUGGCUCCUAGCUCUCCAGUCAGCGACAUGGACCAAGAGGAGCCAAGGUUUGGAACUAUAGCUACUGUCAACCUGGCCACGGGUGAGGGUCUGCCCCCACCAGGUGCUGCCGAUGGGGCCCUAGGUGGGGGUAGCCGAGAGUCCACCCUGAGGCGCCAGGCCAUGCUGGGUGAAAGGGAGGAGGCAGAAGCAGAGGGCUACUACCGGAGGAUGCAGACCCGUAGGUUCCAGGACUGAAGGGUACUGGGGGACAGGGCGGGACACCAUGGAGUCAAUAAAAAGGCUUUGUU